AUGGAAGAAGAAGAUGAAGAUAUGGUGAGGGAGGGGCUAAUGGCCUCUCAAAGAGAAAUCUUCAGCAUUUCUGGUCCCAUUCAUCUAACUUCCAUUGAUUGGAAUAAUUCGUACCAUAGAACCUCGGUGGCAUCAUGUUUGGUACAAGCAGUGUACACACUCGAACGAGAUAGACAACAAAACCGGAUUGGUCACAAGUCACAAGCCAAUCAUUGGUGGGAAUUUUUCAACUUCACCUUAGCCGAAACCCUAAUCGACCAAUCAGAUGGAUCCAUAUACGGCGCCGUUUUCGAGUACAAACUCUUCUCAUACAAUUAUCAUAUUCAUCCUCACUCGAAAACACCUCCUCGUCACGUGAUCGCGUUCCGUGGCACGAUCAUGAAGCGACACUCUCGGACAAGUGACCUUAGGCUCGACCUACGUUGCGUUCGCGACAGCCUCCACGACAGCACAAGAUUCGUGCAUGCGAUAGAGGUGAUACAAACCGCAGUGGCUAAAACCGGUAGUGAAGCUGUUUGGCUCGCAGGACAUUCUCUUGGAGCCGCUGUGGCUUUGCUUGCCGGGAAGAUUAUGACUAGGUCUGGUUACCCUCUUGAGAGUUACCUUUUUAAUCCUCCUUUCUCUUCGAUACCGAUAGAGAAGCUAGUGAAGAGUGAAAAGCUUAAACAUGGAGUUAGAUUCGCUGGUAGUUUAGUCAAAGCUGGAGUAGCCAUGGCUGUCAAGGGUCGCCACCAUCACAAUAAGGUUCAAGAAGAUGAUUCGUUUAUGAAACUAGCAUCAUGGAUACCUUAUUUAUACGUGAAUCCUUCAGAUCCAAUCUGCUCAGAGUACAUUGGUUAUUUCAAGCACAGAAACAAAAUGUUUGAGAUUGGCGCUGGAAAAAUAGAGAGGAUAGCUACAAGGAACUCGCUCAGGAGUCUAAUGUCCGGGGGAGGUGGAGAAAGUUCGUGUUCUGAUUCUUCAUCAGAACCUCUUCAUCUUUUACCAUCGGCGUAUAUGACAAUAAACACUAGCAAAUCCCAGGAUUUUAAGAGAGCUCAUGGGAUCCAUCAAUGGUGGGAUCCUAUGUUCCAUGGUGAAUAUGUUUUGUACCAGUUUAAUCAUUGA